AUGGAGUCUUUCACGCGAAACGCAACGGGAAAAGAUGCAAUUCUGGCAUUUACGUCAAACAGGUCGAGAUUAUUCACUUUGGAUGAAAAUGCCCUGGCGGACUGGCAGACUUUACUCGGCAAGCGAAAAUACGGGGCCGAAUCCCAAAACCCCACCACGAAAGUUUUGCUGAUCGUCGCCUAUUCUGUCAUUAUUGUCAUAUCGCUCUUCGGCAAUUCCCUCGUUUGCCACGUUGUCAUCAAGAACAAAAAACAGGCGCGCUCCGUAACUAGUUUGUUUAUUGCCAACCUGGCCAUAGCGGACAUCCUCAUAACCCUACUCAACACCCCCUUCACCUUGGUUCGUUUUGUUAUCAGCACCUGGGUGUUUGGAAAGGGUAUGUGCCACAUCAGUCGCUUCGUGCAGUACUGCUCCUUGCACGUGUCCACCCUCACCUUGACGGCUAUAGCUCUGGACAGACGGCAGGUAAUUCUGCACCCUCUGAGGCCUCGUAUUUCCACUUUCCGAGGCUUCAUCUAUAUUGCGCUGAUAUGGAUCAUGGGUGGCUCUUUCUCUUUACCUCACGGAGUUUAUCAGAAGCUUUUCACAUUCGUAUACAGCAAAGACAUCAUCCGCUCCCUCUGCGUGCCCGACUUCCCCGAGCCCUCUGACCUCUUCGGGCAGUACCUGGACCUGGCCACGUUCAUCCUGCUCUACGUCCUCCCUCUGCUCAUCAUCAGCGGCGCCUACCUAGCCGUGGCGCGCCGCCUGUGGCGCCCCAACGCCAUCGUGGGCGACGUGACCAGCGAGCAGUACUUCCUGCAGCGCCGCAAGCGCAAGCGCACCAUCAAGAUGCUGAUGGCGGUGGUGGCCGUCUUCGCCGUCUGCUGGUUCCCGCUCAACUGCUACGUGCUGCUGCUGUCCAGCCGCUCGGUGCGCUCCAACAACGCCCUUUACUUCUCCUUCCACUGGCUGGCCAUGAGCAGCACCUGCUACAACCCUUUCAUCUACUGCUGGCUCAACCACAGCUUCCGCGCCGAGCUCAAGCGGCUGAUGACCGCUGUGUGCCCCUGGAAGAGGAGGGUGGCCUCGUCGGGUGGCGAUGCUGCUGAGGAGCAGCAGCAGGUGCAGAGGCUGCUGCCACCUGUUGGCAAGGAGGAGAGUCAGCACCACCACCACCACCCUGGAGCGUGGCCUGAGAGGGAAGCGUUGGGUGGGGGUGGGGGUGGGGCGGCCGGACAAGGGGGUCAUCACCACCACCCUUCCUUCAAGAGCUCCACCCGCCAGUCGCUGUCGCUGUCGGGCACGGGCCGGACGGACAUUCUCGCGGUGGAGCCCAUCGUCGUGGUCGGGUGA